ACUUCUGAAUGUUGGUAAUUAAAACAUAAUUUUAAACGAAGUUGAGGCAGUGGUGUACAGUUAACCCUCCAUCAUUAUAAGUACGCGUAAAGGCUUCAAACAUAUUAAACUGAAAAGCCAGAAGACAACAAGAAUCAGAUCAGAGAGAGAGAGAGAGAGAGAGAGAGAGAGAGCUGCAACCUCUGAAAGUCAUAGUCUCUCUCCCUCUCCAAUUCAAUGCCAAUUCUAAGCCAAAAACCCUAGAAAUCCUUUUUUUUUCCCUUUCAAUUUCGAAAAAUUCAAUUCUUUUCUUGAGUAGUAUUAUUAACAAUCACAUGCUUCUUCCCAGCAAUACUUGUUGAUCUUUUGAUGCGACGAUUGAAUGCUCGACAUCGGGUCGAUUCCGAACUCAAGACCACCACCAACCAACCUAAAAUGGAUCCAAUUAAGUUCCAAACCCGACCCAAUUCCCGAUCCACCUCUCUUUUUUCCCGAAACCCUCGUCAAACCAAGCCUACCCCUUCUCUCUUUGCAAUCUCAGUAUCCGUAUCUCUCGCUUUAUUGAUUUUUAGUUACAUUUUCAUUUUCUCCUCACCAGUGUCCACGAAGUACGGAAUCAUAAUCGAUGGUGGAAGCACCGGAACGAGGAUCCAUGUGUUUCGGUACUUAGUUGAUGGAAGCAAAAACCUGGUUUUCGAUUUUAAAGAAGGGUCAGAUAGCUUGAAGGUUAAUCCGGGGUUGUCGGCUUACGUGGAGUAUCCGGAAGCUGUUUCGGAUUCUUUGGGAAAGCUUCUGGAGUUUGGGAGGAAGAAAGUUCCAAGAAAACAGUUGGCAGAGACGGAAAUUAGGUUAAUGGCGACGGCUGGGCUGAGGUUGUUGGAUGUUGAGUUGCAGGAGCGGAUUUUGGAGGAGUGCAGGAAGGUGCUUAGAGUGUCUGGGUUUAAAUUUCACGACGAGUGGGCGUCAGUUAUUACAGGCUCUGAUGAGGGGGUCUAUGCUUGGGUUGUUGCAAACUAUGCACUUGGUACUCUUGGAGGUAAUCCUCUGGAUACGACUGGAAUUAUUGAACUUGGUGGGGCAUCUGCUCAGGUAACCUUUUUCUCAAGUGAGCCUAUGCCUUCUAAGUUCUCACGCUCCAUCAAGUUUGGGAAUUUCACUUACGGUCUCUAUAGUCACAGCUUUCUUCAUUUUGGUCAGGAUGUUGCACAUGAAUCAUUGAGGGAAUCGUUAAUUAAAGGAGAUUUCAGUCCUGCUUCUGACUCUCUUAAUAAGGUGAUGUACAUGGAUCCUUGUACACCUAAAGGUUACUUGUUUCCAUCAUCAAAUCUUUCACUGGGUUAUAUGGCUGAAAAAAGUAAAUAUAGUUCCGAACUUCAAGCUACUGGUAACUUCUCAGAGUGCAGAUCUGCUGCACUAAUGUUAUUACAAAACGGAAAAGAAAAAUGUUCCAACUACCGCUGUUAUUUGGGGUCUGUUUUCAUGCCCAAGCUUCAAGGAAAAUUUUUGGCUACAGAAAAUUUCUUCCAUACCUCAAAGUUCUUUAGGUUGCAUCAAAGGGCCUCUCUUUCUGAUGUCAUGAUGGCGGGGCAACAUUUCUGUGGAGAAGAUUGGUCAAAAUUGAAGAAGAAGCACCAAUCACUUGGUGAGGAAGAAUUGUUGCGCUAUUGUUUUUCUUCAGCAUAUAUUGUGGCCUUACUUCAUGAUAGCCUUGGAAUUGCUUUGGAUGAUGAAAGGAUCAGCUUUGCUAAUCGGGUAGAAAAUAUACCACUAGAUUGGGCCUUGGGAGCUUUCAUAUUACAAAACACGGCCAAGUUGGAUGCGCCGCAAAUUGAUUGGAUAACUACCAUUGUCAUGAAUGAUUCACCCACGCUAUUCUCCAUCAUUGCCGUUUCUGCAAUAUUGAUGUUCAUAGCUUGGUUUAUAUUGAAAUGGAGGAAACCUGAGUUGAAGACAGUGUAUGAUUUAGAGAAAGGACGAUAUAUAGUGACUCGUAUUGGCAGAAAAUGAUAUUGUUGUCCUGAGGAGAUUGGUUUACGAGUUUGCAGCCAAGGGAGGAGAAUGCAUGUCUUAUGAUGGUAUAUUAUCAUUAUGCUUCCUUGGUUUAAUAUGCCCUCCACUUAGGUUCACCAUGUGAGUGGGAAAUAUAACUGUAUAUCAUCAACUUUUACCGUGGGAUUGAGUGUAAUCUUUUCAUGGGGGAACCGGGAUAGAUGACUAGAUUCCGAUUGUGUAUAUACCGGAAGUUCCAAAACCUUUAUUAUUAUACCACUUGACUGUUCAUUUUUUACCUACACUACAGGAUUAGAUAAAAACUGAUGAAAUAGUAGUAGUGGGAAGUAGAGCAGGGGGUAUUUUCAGAGCUGUAUCACUGGAUCUUCCUCAAAUAUUGUCCCUGAAGUGCCUUACAAUGGCUGCCUUGUUUUCUUAAGAAAA